AUGGCGACCUCUGGAGAAGGCAGUGACCCCAGUGGCAGAGCGGUGCCCCAGCGCCUGGCACAGGUACAGGAGCUUGAGCCUCGGGUGGCCCGAAGACGCCUGUCCCAGGCCCGCCACCGAGCCACCCUGACAAGGCUCUUCAGUAGCCUCAGGAAAAUCGUUUACCAGCAGUCUGACUUCACAGCCUCAAAGUGGCAGGUUUUGAACAGGGCGAAGAGUCAUAUUCAGGAGCAGGAACAAGUCUUGGAUAAUCUGCUGAAGGUGAAAGAAUCCUUCAACCUGGAGGAUGGGAAUGCAAACAACUUAGAGGAGGUCAAGGAAAAAUACGCCAGAAUGUUCUGCAGAUAUCACAGCCUGCUCCCAAAUAAGAUUCAUCCAAAAGACUUUGCCUGCUCGUGCCCUUUUGAGGCAGUCGGGAAGGAUGCUGAGGAGGAAGACGAGGAGGAGGAAGAUGAGGAGGAGGAGGAGGACGAAGACCAAGAAGAGGAGGAAGAGGAGGAGGAGGAGGAGGAGGGAAAAGCGGAGUUCUCACGCUCCCCAGUCGCUUUGUCACCAGACCUCAUGGAAUUUGAACGGUAUCUCAACUUCUACAAGCAGACAAUGGACCUCCUGACCAGGAACGGCGUGGUCUCCUCGCAGGAGGUGACGCUCCCCAUCGUCUCUGCAGCCAUCUCCCACCUGUGGCAGAACCUCUCCGAGGAGAAGAAGGCCAGUCUCCUGCAGGUCUUGGCGCAGAAGCACAGCGGUCUCCUGGGCCUCGCAGGGGCCACCCAGGAGCCAGCCUGUGCCGAGGACAGCAUGAAGGACAGUGGGUUCGACAGCCAAGGGGCCAGCUGCUCGCUCGUCUCCACCCCGGAGGAGCUCCUUUUUGAAGAUGCCUUUGAUGUGGCAUGUUUCCUGGACAAGAGUGAGGCGCCAAGUAUAUCCAGCCCCAGUUCCAUGUUCACCAGCAGCAACUCAGAGAACCCGGAAGAGAAGUUCCAGCUCUACACGCAGAUCAUCGACUUCUUCAAAGACCUGUGCUGUGUUAACACCCAGGUGAAGCAGGAACUAGACCUUCCCGUGGACGAUGAAAUGAUGAUGUUGCAGUGCACGGAGACCUUUGACGAUGACGAUUUGUAA